CAGGGAGGGAGACCCGGAGGGCAGGCUCGGCCAGCCGCUGGGAACUCGCCAGGCACACUCAGAGCAGAAGUUUCCAUCCUCUGUCUCUCCCUGAAGGUUUUCCCCAGCAUGGAGGCAAUAAGUUUAUUCAUCUUGAUGGGAUUUAUAGGAGAGUUCUCAGUUUUCUCAAGUGCCUCCAAUCCAGUCAAUUGCCAGUGGGGUUCCUUCGGCCCUUGGUCAGAAUGCAAUGGUUGUACAAAGUCUCAGACUCGCAGGCGGAUGAUUGAGGUUUAUGGGCAGUAUGGCGGCCAGCCUUGUGCCGGAAGUGCUUUUCAAACACAAGCAUGUGAACCUACGCAAGGAUGUCCAGUAGAAGAUGGAUGUGGAGAGCGGUUCCGGUGUUUUUCAGGUCAGUGCAUCAGCAAGUCCUUGGUUUGCAAUGGUGAUUCCGACUGUGAAGAAGACAGUGCUGAUGAAGACAAGUGUGAGAAUGUAGAAACCAGGCUUUCCUGCGACCUCGAUAAACCUCCUCCCAACUUAGAACUUACUGGAAAUGGUUACAAUGCCCUCACCGGCCAGUUCAGGAGCAGAGUCAUCAACACGAAGAGUUUCGGUGGUGAGUGCAAAAAGGUGUUCAGUGGUGACGGAAGAGAUUACUACAGACUGAGCUCAAACCUCCUCUCCUAUGCAUUCCAGGUGAAAAUAAAUAAUGAUUUUAAUUAUGAAUUUUACAACAGUAGCUGGUCUUAUUUAAAGACAACAUCAACAAGAUAUUCAUCAUCUAAAAUGAAAAGUUCAUUUUUUGGAUUGUCUUCAUCGUCAUCUACUUCAUUCAGUUAUGGACAAGGGUGCAAUGAAAUCCAGAAUAAAAAGAGUUAUCAAUUGUUGGUUAUCAAGAACACUGUGGAAGUGGCUCAGUUCACCAACAACAACCCAGAAUUUUUACAACUCGCCGAGCCGUUCUGGAGGGAACUCUCCUACCUCCCCUCUUUGUAUGACUACAGCGCCUACCGAAAAUUAAUUGACAACUAUGGGACACAUUUUCUGCAGUCUGGAUCCUUAGGAGGAGACUACCAACUUCUAUUUUAUGUGGACACAGAAAAAAUGAAGCAAAUGGGUCUUCAUUCAAUAAAUUCGAAGAACUGUGAGUCCAAAAAUAUCAACUUCCUGAUUUCAUCACAUUCUUCACACCAAUGCAAGGAUCUGCAAAAGGCCUUAAAAGAUGCUUCGGCAAAUGAGAACAAUGUGCUGAGAGGGACCCCCUCAGUCAGAGGGGGGAGUCCGGGCCUGGUGUCCGGCCUGAGCUACCUGGAGUUGGAUAAUCCCGCCGGAAACCAACAGCGAUACUCUUCCUGGGCAGGAUCUGUGACUAGGCUUCCCCAAGUCAUCAAGCAGAAGCUGACCCCUUUGUAUGAGCUGGUAAAGGAAGUACCCUGUGCCUCGGUGAAAAGGCUCUACCUGCGACAAGCUCUUGAGGAAUACCUGCACGAGUCGGACCCCUGCCACUGCCGGCCCUGUCGGAACGGCGGCCUAGCCACUGUGGACGGGACCAAGUGUCGGUGCCACUGCAAGCCGUUCACAUUCGGCGCCGCGUGUGAGCGAGGAGUCCUCGUAGGGGAUGAAGCAGGAAAGGUUGAUGGAGGUUGGAACUGCUGGUCUUCUUGGAGCACCUGUGUUGAAGGAAAGAAAACAAGGCAUCGACAAUGCAAUAACCCUCCUCCCAGUGGGGGUGGGGUAUCCUGCAUCGGAGAAACGUCAGAGAGCAGGCGGUGUGGGGAGGAAGACGAGCAGCUGAGGCAUCUGAGAUUGCUUGAACCACAUUGCUUUCCUUUGUCUUUGAGUCCAACAGAAUUCUGCCCACCACCCCCCGCCUUGGACCACGGAUUUGUUCAAGGUGAAGAUACCAAGUUUCCUGUUGGGAAAAACAUAGUAUAUACCUGCAGCGAGGGAUACUCUCUUGUUGGGGACCCCGUUGCCAGAUGUGGAGAUGAUUUACAGUGGCUUGUUGGGGAAAUGUAUUGUCAGGAAGUGGCCUGUAUUCUUCCCACACUGAUGGAUGGCAUUCAGAGUCACCCCCAGAAAGCCUCCUAUGCAAUUGGCGAUAAGGUGACCUUUUCCUGUUCAGAUGGCAUGUCCUUAGAAGGUCCUUCGACAUUUCUCUGCGGAUCCAGCCUUAAGUGGAGUCCUGUGAUAAAGGAUGUCCAUUGUGUGCGUAAAGAUGUCCCUCUGAAACCGGCAGUGCCUAAAUGCCAGCCCUGGGAGAAAGUGAGGAAUUCAAGAUGUGUGUGCAAAUUGCCCAAUGAAUGUCGGCCGUCCCUGGAUGUGUGCGCGCGGGACGAGAGAAGGGGGCGCGUGCUGCCCCUGACGGUGUGUAAGCUGCACGCCCUGCGCUGCCAAGGCCUCCGGUUCACGCUCGUGGGCGGGGACACCUGCGCCCGGCCCCCCUCCGCCGAGAAAGCUUGCGACGCGUGUCCCCUGUGGGAAAAAUGUGACGCCCAGGACAGCAAGUGUGUCUGCAGAGAGGCCUCGGAGUGCGAGGAAGAAGGCAUCAGCGUCUGCGCGGAGGUGAACGGCGAGCAGCGGACGCUCACGGAGUGUGAGGCUGGCGCCCUGAGGUGUCGAGGGCAGAGUGUCUCGGUCACCAGCAUAGAGCCCUGUGAGGGGGACGCCCAGUAGGCUCCCGGCUGCUAGCGGCUUGCUCGGAAUCCAGCAACGGCUGUGGCCUGUGGCCUGUGGAAACGUCCUCAUGCAUAACUGAGGCUGCAGUGUCCCCAGCGGGAGGCACGCUCUUUUUCCUCCCCUGCUUCCUCAGCCCCCAGCUGCCCACAUAAGCCAGCCCUUCAUCAGAUACUCUUUUUCCUUUUUUAAAACAAUAUCAGUCAGGCUGAAGAAUGGUCAUGAGUUUCUGCCUGAGUCAGCUGUGUUCUUGGAGAAAUUGCUCACUUCCCUGGACUUUGGCUUAAUCGGAAAAUUAGCGGGUUAGACCAGAGAAGCUCAAAUGCUCCCUUUAGCCCCAUGGGCCUUCACUGGGUGACCGUCCCGGGGGCCAGAACACCCUCCGCAGCUGGAUCAGGAAACAGAAAGGUCAGAGGGGCAGCCCCCUGCUCAGUGAACCCAAACACGAAGGGGACCCUGAAUGGAGAAGGACAGGUGCAAUUACUCCAUCCCAGGAAGGACCCUCAUCCUCCACCCUGAGCCGCACGGCAGGGCGGGCUGCUCGUCUUGCCAGGAGAUGGAGACGCUGACUUGUCAGAGCCGAAUGUUCCAUGUCUUGGUCACGGGCACCUUCUGCCUUUUUGUCUGAGAACACACAUGAUUCAGUCUUCCCUUGGGGGCUUUUUUUAUUUAGUGGGUGUCAAACCCAAGACCUCCAGUUUGCUCCACACCCUUUUCUGCAGCAGGAACGUUCACGCCUGACUGCGGCAAGCUUGCACGUCAGAGAGAUCCGUGUUCUCUGAUGCAGACACACACCAGAUUUUUCAGGGGCGAUGGAGGUGGAUCGAUGGGAAGCAUUGGCAUUCAGUUUAGCCCUUAUUCAUUCUUCAUCAAAACAAAACAAAAAGAAAACAGCUGUGGGAGAUGCAGUGAGUGAGCUUAAAUGAAACUUAAAAUAUGCUUGUAUAUACAAAUACUAUCUCUGUAUUUUUCUGAUACUGAUGAAUACAUUUCAACAAAGCUUUCGUUAAUAUGACAAUGAU